AUGCCGUCCUACCCGCCAAUCGUCUACUACCGCGAUACGUUUGGACUUGAUGACCGCAGAAGCGACUCUGACAACGACAGCGUCACAACCCGAUCCACUGGUUCGUUCUUUUUCAGGCUUACGGUUUAGUAAACCGACAACCCUCUUAUCGCUCCCGGAAAAGUUUUUCGAGAAAAAGAGUAGCAGAGCGACUCGUGAUGUCGUCUCAGAGUACAAGAUGAAAAGCAACAUUCCGUCUCUUCUAUCCAAAUUCGUACAGUUUAAGUGAGAACGACAUUCAACGUACUUCCCAGCCAACAAAACACCACAAACAACAACAAUAUGAUGGAAAUGAGCAAAAUUACCAACUACAGCAACAUUAGCAACACAUAUCAUGUAAUUUUGUCUUUUUUUUUGUUCUCCACUAUUUGAUUUACACCGUUUGCAAAAACUUCUUCUAGGUUGAACAGCUGGUGACGAGUAAAAUCCUGACUCCGAAUCCGCACACGUUACUCAUUCUCACAUUGAUUGCGUUUGCCAGCGCCGUCCAGCUGGUUUAAAUUUUUUUUUUCGAUGCUUUUCUAAAGUUCAAUACAAGUUUUUUCGAAUCUACUUUUUAUUUCGAAAUCCGUUUUUAAGUGCAAAUAUGCCUUCAAGCGCGCACCAAUCACACUUUUUUCAAAGAGCCAAGUUUCAGUUGAUAUUUUCAACAAUAGCAAUGUUCUACGAGGGACCGCUGCCGAUUACAAGCCUCAUUUCGGCGUUUCUCAUUGUAAACUGCCUUAUUAUUAUCACCUUUACGCGGUGUCGCCCGACCAGAUGCUGGAUGGUGAGUGAAGUCUUUUCAAAAAAAAAAAAAGCUUACUGACAAGCUCUCUGGAAAAGGCAAGGAUCUUGCGUCGUGCCUAGAUGAAAUUAAAAUCGCGCAUCGUUAAUAUUCGUAAUCGAUGACAUUUCAGAAAGCAAGUCUGAUCGCUGGAGCGCUGUCUUUCGUGGAAAGUGCUGGCAUCUUUUUUUGGACCGCCUUAUUGAUAAGUGACGAAGAAAAGGUGAGAGAAAAAAAAGAUAGACCCACAAACUGUUGAUAAUCGGUCUUCCGUAUUACAGUACAUUGAAAGUGUGGGCGCCCACGACAACCGCAUCGUGACUAGCACUAGGAUUGCCAUGUACUCUUUUUCAAUGGUUUUCGCCCCGAUUCAUGGUUUGGUUAUUGUGUUAUUCUUCGAGUAAGCCCAAAAGAGAUUAAGCCAUCGCAUCGGCGCUCAUAAUUUUUGUGCUGAGAAAUCAACUAUCCAUAUCUGAAGACGUUGUCAACCACGGUUAUUUCCUCAGUGAGCCACAGCUCGGACACCAGGUACGAUUUUAUUUUCUCAUCAAAAUUAUCAGAGCUGUGCGUUGGACCGUGGGUGAUUCAAACUUUUAAAAAAUCUUCUUUCAUAAUUAAAAUCCCACAAUUUUUCUAAUUAACACAUUUUCGGUCACUCACUCCCCCAUUUACACACUCUGUAAAUAUUUCGAGACCCUUUACACACUCUGUGAAUAUUUCGAGAGGAAAUUUUUUUAAUUAGAAAAAGAGUACAGUAAGUUCGAUACUACAUAUAGUCAGAGAUAUCACGAUUUCCCCGCACGCAAACGAUGGCGUGUCGGGCGCGCGAAAACGACGACUUUCCUAGAACCGCGCACUUCCGCAAAUGUGACACCUGGCAUGCUGGAAAAGUCGGUCGGUUCGGUCGGUCGGUCAGUUUUGAAAACUAGGCCACGCCGCAAUAUUGCUCUAUGGAUCACUUAGAAUUUCAAUUUUUUUAAAAACUUUUCUGAUUUUUUUUCCUUUUUUAAAUUUUAGUAAGAAGGUUUUCGCUUAUUUUCAUUCAACUGUAUCGUUCUUUGCGAGUAAAAUACGAUGGUUACUACAUUCAAAAAUUAUAAAAUGAUUCAAUUUUUUUGAAAGUUCUCAUUAAUUUUUUUGGAUCCAAAAAUAACUUCAGUUAACCAAAUGAGCGAAAUAAAAAGCAUAAGUGAUCUCAAAAUGAGAUAAUGUGUAAAAUACACACAAAAAAAAAGGCAAGAAACAAAAUUACCUCGAACAAAAGGUAAAACAUUACCGAGAAAAACGAUAAUAAAUAAGGAACAGUUCAGUUUCAAGUGAGGAGCACGUGUCCCUAUCCUAGAAAACUAAUAAAAAGGGAGGAAAAAUAUAGAAAAAUAGAAAACAGUCUGAAUUUCGAUCUUCUAUGGAGCAAAUUUACGGCGUUGCCUAGUUUUCCAAAUCGACCGCCCGAACCGACCGACUUUUCCAGCAUGCGUGUGACAACUUGUCGUUUUAAAUCGCGAUAGACAGACUUUGGUAGAAAAUUACUAUCACGUUUCGUCUUUUUUAUUUGUGUCUAAGAGAAGAGGAACAACUGAAAGGAUAAACUUUAACUAGAGAAAAAUGGCUUAAAGUUUUCUCUUGAUUAUAGAAAAUCCUGGUUCCCAUCGAGCUGAGGCAAAUGCGAGAAACAACAGAUGACGAGACGGAAAACGCUUCUAUCGGCGUACAGACGGGCGGUUCUCGCGGGACCACCACUUGA